UUUACGACCCCAUAAGUAUUUAAGAGUAGGUAUUUACAUAGGUAUGUCAUAUACGUAUACUUGUGUUUGCUUGCGUCGUUACGAUUCGAUACGAUUUCUGUCGAGUUGUUUCUAAUGUUUACCGUGCGUUAAAGUUCCUCCAGUAAUAGCUGCUUUUUGAAGCCCGAAGUUUUCACUCUUAUAUAUUUAUAUAAAUAGACAGGCGAGACAGACGAACGGUAAAAAAAGAUGAAUUCCGCUGGCCAUGGACUGUUCGAAGUUUCAUAUUUGAGCAUAGUAUGGACUGCUGUAGCAUCUAUGGGAUGGUAUAUACUUGCAGUCAUAAUCUCUCUUUGGUAUGUUUCUCCGUAUAUUCGAAAAAAAUAUACAAAAUGGAGGAUAAAAAAGGAGGAGCAAGAUUAUGCCGCAAAAUAUCACAAAAAUCCGGAUCUCUUGCAGCAGAGAUUAGCAGCUUUGGAAGCUUCGAGGCAAAAAAUGCAACAAGAAUAUUAUCAAAAAUGUAUACACGAGCAGCAGGAUGAAAAGAAGUCGAAAGAAACAAAGAAGAAAGCAUUGAAAUUAAUAGACACCCAUUCUUCGGGUCACAAACUGGGGAACGAAAAUAACGAUCGGUUAGAUUCUACGGGAAAGAAACCUACAUCGUUGAAAGGAGACUACAAUCCAUUGAUGGGGGAUAAUUCUCGACGAUAUCGACCGCCGAAACGUAGUUGCUGUGGCAGCGGUGGUUGCGGAUAAUCGUGAAUGUGCAUAGGUGUAAAAUUAUCUCUUAUCGUAUCAAGGCUUUGUAGCGUGAUGAAUAUUUAAUACAUUAACCCUUUAUUCUGGAUAGAAAUUGCAAAAAUAGUUGCUAAGAAAUUGUGCUUUUUUACAGUAAAUCAUAUGUAUCUAGAUAUUGCAGGCGUAACGUUUAUUAAUUGUCUGUUGUUCUAAAUUUAUAUGACCGUAAUCAAUCGUUGUACCGAGACGGUCAUCGUAAGCUGAAGUGUCGUCCAACGAAACUCUGGACAACGUGAGCCCAUAUACAUACAGAUCUGACAAGGGUGCCCGAGGAUUAAAUGAUGGAUACACAGCACUGCGGAACUGUUAUGUUCUACGGAACGCAACGAUGUUAACAGUACGUUCACUGCUGACGGCUCCGAUCGGCAACGAAUGGGUUAAUCUUCGAUCUUUUGGAUAAUUUAAAUUAUUUACCUGACAAAUUAAAUUGUUUUUCAUUUGUUUUGUUGCUCAUCGAUGAAACAACAGGGAACGGGGAGAAAAGGAUGUGUACCUACUUAACGGUUGUGUUACUGUUUGAAUAUUUUUGUAAAUUUUGU